UAAUUUCAAUACAUUUUGCAGGAAGAGUUGUGCAGAGAGGAACUUGUGAAGUAUGAAGGUACUUGCGUUACAGAAGCUGUCGUGGGAUGUCGUCAUUGAGUGGUUGCACUCGUUCCAGCUGGAAGACAAGGCUAAGGUCCUCGCAGUGUAUCAGUACCUGUUGCCAGCUGCCCCACUCUUGGCAAAGUUGGCCACUUCCUGCCAGUACUACGAUAACCCUCACCUCACCCAGCUCUUUCUACCGAUCCUAGUACUCAAGGGGAAAAUCCACGUCACUACUUACAACAUUAAACAGGUUCUGAGCUACUGGGAGGAUUCCCUACAUAACAGUGGUGUGUCUCAUAUUACUCACCUCAAGGUGGAAGAUAUUACCAGUCAACAGUACUUAUCAUUCCUGCCUUUAUUGGGGCACUUAACCAACCUACAAGUGUUGGUUAUUGGAUCUUUUGUGGGAGAUGACCUCCUAGCUGUUUUAGGAAUGAACUGUCACCAUCUGGUGAUUUUCGAUGUCCGGGAGGAGGAUAUGGGAAAUCUUAUUACUGAUGUGGGGCUGGCUUUUCUGGCUCACUGCAGGAAGCUGAGGCGGGUGUACUUCUCGGAAUUUGCCGACGAAUACGAUUGCAGUGAUGAACAGUUGAGGUUUACGGGAAAGGGAGUGUCCCUGUUGCUCUUGUUACCAGAGAUAGAGCACAUUCAGUGUUCUGAGUAUAUUCUGCGGGACGCUCUGCACUUCCUCUAUCAAGCCACCUACAAUAAGCAGACUAUUGCUGUCCAACACUUGAUGCUUGAUCACGAAGAGGUUACUGUCAACACUCUGCAGACACUGCCAAUUCUCUGCCCUAAGUUGGAAGUGCUGGCACUGCGCUCAGACCCAGGUAACGAAACAACCAUUGGAAGGUCGCUUAAACUGCUCCCGCAUUUGAAAAUGCUCAUCAUGACAGUGGGAAGCGUGUGCAGGUUUCAAGAUUUGAUGUUCUCUAGCUAUGGACCCCAGUUGACAUUCCUGUACCUUACCAGUUACCUUCUGGAGAGUCAGGACUUGAUAAUUCUCAGCCAAUCCUGUACUCAACUCAAAACGUUCGUUUUGAAGAUGCACAGCUUUGGUUUUGAUAUAUCCAAUUCCAACAGUAUAGAUUCUUUAUUCCCAACAGUUGAAAAGUUGGAACUCAUGCAAAACAUUUCUGUUCGGCUCUUCAAGAUUUUAAACGCUAAAAUGAAAAAUUUGCAAGAGGUUCACUGCAUGUGGGCUACAAUAUACAACUUGAAUGAAGCCUUGGAGGUGGUAAUUGAAGGUGGUGGCUGGAGAAACGUACAAUUACUUGUGCUUCCAGUGUCUUGUGAAAUCAAACUCCAGACUGCACAGAUGGUCGCCACUGCUCUUCCGAACCUCAAAAGUUUGGCCGUCAGUGUGCACCAGCCCGAUGAACGCAAAUUCUGGAACUUUGUCGAAAAGAAUUUUCCCAACCUGGAGCGCAUCAACCUCUAUCCCGUAUUGCCGCCCAGCUCAACUGGAAUAUUCUCACAGGAUCCCUGGAACUCAUCUUGGGUUGAUAAUAUCGGCAAGAGGAGCUGAAGGCGUUCUUGUAUGUUCAGAUUCAAAACUCAUUUUAUACAUAAUAUACAAUGUGUGAUUUACAUAUUAUAAAGUAUUGCUAAGCACAAAGAACUCCAUGGGGAAUUUGGAACAGAAUUCUUCCUUUGUAAGCCAUGCGUGUUGUAAGAGGCGACUAAAAUGGCAGGAGCAAUGGGCUAGAAAUCCCUUCUCCUGUAUACAUUACUAAAUUUAAAGAGAGAAACUUUAGUUUUCCUUUUUGGGUCACCCUGCCUUGGUGGGAUAUGGCCAGUUUGUUACAAAAAAAAAAAAAAAAGCCA